AUGCGGAAUUUCCCUCCACCAACUUCCAAGCGUCAGUUGCAGCGAUUCAUAGGCAUGGCCAAAUUUUAUCGCCGGUUCCUACCAAACUGUGCUGACCUAAUGCUGUCGCUCGCCAACACGCUUUCUAGUUUCAAAGGCCGCCUCGACCUCACUGGGGAAGCAGUGACUGCUUUUGAGAGAAUUAAGAAUUCCCUUGCCGACGCCAACUUACUCACGCAUCCCGCUCUCGAAGCUCAGUUGUUUCUGAUGGUAGCUGCUUCGACCGAAGCCGUAGGUGUGGUCCUUCAAAAAAACCUUGUUGGUUCGACUCGGCGACUUGCCUUUUUCUCCAAAAAACUCUUGCCGGCUAAGACCCGCUACAGUAUCUUUGGCCGUGAGCUACUUGCCAUUCAACUGGCCGAGAAGCAUUUCCCACAUCUCCUUAAAGGUCGGGACUUCACCGUCUUCACGGACCACGAGCCGCUGACUUUUGCUUUUCAUCCCCACUCCGACAAGUACAAUUCGAGAGAGAUCGCCCACCUGGACUGCAUCUCCCAGUUCAACACCGACAUCCACCAAAUCGUUGACACGAAGAAUGAGGUGCCUGCUAUGUUGUCCAGGCCCGCACUAUUUUCCCUCCAACUGUCACACGGGAUCAACCUUGGCGUCAUGGCGGCUGAGCAACAAAAAGUCGGUUUUCCUGGUGACGAGUCCGUUAGUGGUCUCCAACUUAAUGACGGUCUUCUGACCAUCGGCUCUGGUACCAUACUUUGUGACGUCUCGACUCCUUUUCAUCGCCCUUUAUUGGUUGCCGCAAUGCGUCGAGCCGCGUUUCAAACUCUGCAUGCACUCUCCCUCCCUGGGAUCCGAGCCUUUCAAAAGAUCCUCGCAGAAAGUUUUGUCUGGCCUGGCAUGACCAAGGACGUCAAAGCUUGGUCCCGGACGUGUCUGAGUUGCCAGCGCAACAAUGUGCAACGUCAAGACAAGUCCCAAUUAGGCACCUUUCCCAGCCUCGAGGCACGGUUCAGUCAUGUGCACUUGGAUGUUGUAGGCUCCUUGCCUCCUUCCAAAUGGCUAUACUCACCUUCCUACCUGCCUUGA